AGUUGCGCAACCCGCCCUGGCUCAGGCUAGCAGAUAAAAGCCCGGAUAGUGAUUGAAAGAGAUGGUAAAAAGGAUUUAGCACAGGCAUUAACAGAGAGAGAGAGAGAGAGAGAGAGAGAGAAAGAAAGAAGAGGAGAGAGAGAGAGAGAGAGAGAGAAGAGGAGAGGAGAGAGAGAGAAAAGAGGAGAGAAGAGAGAGCGCGCAAGGGGGAGAUUUUCCAGAAAGCUUUUUUUCUUUCUGCGUGGAACAUCUUUCUGUGCUUUAACAUCCCAGGUAAAGCUGAGCUUGUAAAGUGGGAAAGUUCGAGCACCAGACCAUCAUCAAAGUCAAUAUUUGCAUACUUUUGAUACUCCUUCAAGCUGGAAUUCACGCUUUCGCUUUUUUUCUCCAAUUCCCAUUUCCAGAUCUAGGACACGGUCAUCCGUGGUGUAAUAAAAAAGUAACCGGCACGAGAAAAAACUAACAAGGAGACCGCAUCAGAUAACCAGAGUGGAGUACAGUAGCCUACACCACGACGGGAGCCCGGUAGUGAAUGGAGCCGUGCGGGGUUUAUGGCAGAGGGGCGUUCGUAUAAUAAUGGGACACGGAGUGGCUCUCCCAGAUGAACCUUCGAAGACUAUCACUGAGGCAAGGCGCCGGAUCGGUGUGCCACGACCUGAUGGAUGUAUCUAAGUACGUAGUCACCUUUCCCUCAUCAUCCCUCGUAGCGGACAGCUCCUGUCUCUCCCAGCGGAAAAGGACCUCUGAAGUAUGGAUUUGUUCUGCUGAUAUCCCAACGACCCCUACCGCCACCACCACCGCAGCACUGGCACCACUAUGGUUGAACUAGAUGUGAAGUUUCAUGGUGACUUUCGCCUCCCCCUGGUCCAUUUUUUGUCAGUCUUUUCCAAACCAGGCGUCAAAACAAUAAAGUGUAAUUUCCUAAAGAAGCCGUGAUUAUUUGUGUGUCCACUUCAAUUGAACGGCUCUACAGUUAUUUAUCUUAGUGCAUUUGUAUUUGUUGUCCAUCAUCACUGAACCGUCCCCUAUCGCUCAGUUGAGCGCGCAGACUCAUCAUGGUGAUACCAAAGUUACUUUCUGUCUCCGUAUGAUCCCUAGUCGCAUUCCAUGCUUUUCGCCCAAGCUCUGACUACCGUUGCCCCCCUUGCCCUUCACCGCCAGACCCCACUCAUCGUCGGACCCCACUCGUGGAUUUCCCAGGACCUGCCAUGCUCUGUCAGGCCGUGUUGCUCCUCCUGCACUGCUUCGCCUCCUUGACACUGGGCCAGUACGACCUGUGCAAGUCCCUGGUGAGCACGGACGAUGGCGCGGUGUGGGAGCAGUAUGCAUGCCAGCCCAAGGCCCAGUCCAUGAAGGACUACAUGCGGGUCAAGGUGGACCCGCCAGGCAUCACCUGUGGGAACCCACCUGAGAGAUUCUGCACUCUGGAGAACCCUUACCUGUGCAGUGAUGAGUGUGAUGCCUCCAACUCGGACCUGGCCCACCCUCCCCAGCUGAUGCAGGACCGCGAGCGCACAGGCCGCAUCACCUACUGGCAGACAGUUACAUGGUCCCGUUACCCAGAACCCCUCUUGGCCAACAUAUCCCUGGCCUGGAACAAGAGCCUGGAGUUGACCGAUGACAUCGCCAUCACCUUCGAGUACGGCCGCCCCACCAUCAUGGUGCUGGACAAGUCCAUGGACCAUGGUCGCACUUGGCAAUCCUACCAGUUCUACGCCGAUGAUUGUCUAGAUGCCUUCAACAUGCCGCCGAAGCUUGUCCGUGACCUGUUGCCUGCAAAUAUUACCCGUGUCAUCUGCACCGAGCAGUUCUCACGCUGGGUGGGGUCGAAGAACGAUAAGAAUGUGAAGUUCGAGGUUCGUGAGCGUUUUGCGGUGUUUGCCGGACCGAGGUUACUCAACAUGGACAGCUUGUACACGCGCAUGGAGAGUAUGAAGGGCUUGAGGGACUUCUUUACCUUCACUAACCUCCGGCUGAGGCUGCUCCGGCCAGCCCUGGGGGGAACGUACGUGCAGAGAGACAACCUGCUCAAGUACUUCUACGCUAUCUCAAACAUUGAGGUGCCCGCCAGGUGUAAGUGUAACCUACAUGCAUCGCUGUGCCUGCUGCAGGAGGGAGACCUCCAGUGUCAGUGUGAACACAACACCACGGGACAGGACUGUCAACGCUGCAAGAAGGGCUUCAAGGCCAAGUCCUGGAAGGCUGGCUCAUACCUGCCCACACCCAACGGAUCCCCCAACACCUGUGCAGUCGCUGGUGCCCCCAUGGGCGGUGGUUCUAACUGUGAGUGCUACGGCCACUCUAACCGCUGCAGCUACAUAGACUACCUGAACAUCGUGACGUGCGUCAGCUGCAAGCACAAUACCAGAGGACAGAACUGCCAGCACUGCAGACUGGGCUACUUCAGAAACGCUUCCGCCGAACUAGACGACGAGGGUGUCUGCAUCGAGUGUAACUGUAACCAGAUGGGUUCUGUCCAUGACCGGUGUAAUGGGACAGGCUUUUGCCAGUGUAAAGACGGCGCUACGGGGUCCAAGUGUGAUGACUGUUUCCCUGGGUACUACUGGAAACAAGGCUGUUACUCCAAUGUGUGUGACGAGGAGCUGCUCCUAUGUCAGAACGGCGGGACCUGCUCCCAGAACCAGAAGUGUAUCUGUCCCCCAGAGUUUAAGGGCGUGCUGUGCCAACAGUCACGCUGCGAGGGGGACAAGGCCUGCAACACGGCCUGCACCGCCCACCUCCACUUCCUCGCCCCCCUACUGCUCUGCGUCCUGCUACCCCACCUUCUGGCCACUUUAACUGCACACUGAGUCACCUGCUGCCCCCUCAAACACAGGGGGAACUGUUGUGUGUGUGGAUCCUUAGAGAGGGAAGGUUGGGAAAGGUCUGCAAAUACACCCCCCCCCCCACACACACACACACACACCUCACUGACUCGGGGAACGUGUGAGAGUAAAACAAGAGAAUGACUUCAGAGAGAACAGAGGAAGGUGGAGGAAAAUCAGACAACCAAACCCCCUGUCUCUCUCCCUUUAAUCUUGAGCUGGAGGAAUCUCGAUCUCAUACCAAAAAGCAUAAUUAUUAUUAAAUGAGCUAACGACUGUUCGUUUAACACUUUAAAUCACUACUGUUCACUAUGAAGAAAAGGGAGGGAGGAAUUGCUGAUGUAACACAAGUACAUUUCCUUUGUCUUAAUUCAUUGAGUUAAUGUGCCCCUCUUCUCUUGAGACCCUGCACUUACUGCUCCAGACAGACAGACAGACAGACACAGACAGACAGACAGACAGACAGACAGACAGAGACAGACAGACAGACAGACAGACAGACAGACAGACAGACAGACAGACAGACAGACAGACAGACAGACAGACAGACAGACAGACAGACAGACAGAGCGUUUGGCUAGACUUGGGGAGGGCUGGGCUGGGAUUCGCUGCUGACGUCUAUGUAGAAUAUACUGUAAACCAGGUUUCAUAUCUUCGACUCAAAAUAACAGACUUGUUUUCACCUUUUCCAUUUUUUUAUUUUUAUUUCAUCACCUUCUUCAGUCGUUAUUGCAUGUUACGUGCCCACCGACAGACGCUGAGAUUAUACAUAAUUAUUACAAUAUCCAGAGGGUUAUCAAUAUUAAGAUUUUAGUCACUAUUAUGGUUGUUAUAGGAAUGAGUCGCCACAGUUUAGCAAGAUUUUAUCUUCACACAGUAUUCAGGAGUAAAACAGAAUUUAAACUUAUCAGUCUGAAAGGAGAGAAAAAAGAAAUCGACAAAGUAUCAAUAUAAUAUGACAUUAUUUGAAUAGUUUUUGUAGAGAUUAUUUUUGUUUGAAGUUAUAAUAAAUGAACUAUUCCAGAGGAGCAUUUUAUUACACUGUAAA